AUGAACGCAGUAGGUCUAGUUUUGUGCGUGAUAUUGUGUUCAACGCGGGGAAUUAACGCGGUACCCGGAUACUUCGCGCACAACGAAGAAACCGUUUUCGAUACGCUCGUCGGGCUGAUCGACGCGGACAUAAUCGAAGCGGCCGAUCUAAUGUACAAGCACGUCAAGUUCGAACGGCCCAACAGCGGAAGCUUGGAACGGGUGUUCAGAAACAAAUUCGAUUUGUUUCUAGGGGUGCCGAGGGAAAUUCUAGCGACCGGCCUGGACCUACGGAACGAUGACGAUUUCGAUAUUUUAAACGAGUUUUUCCGUCCGUACGCCUCGCCGGCAAUUCCGUGGGUAAACAGAAACGAGAACGGGCCGCCGCCGAUUGAAGCGAUUGACGCGUUUCCGAGGACGGUGAGAGCGAAUGUCGCCGGUCCGGUCCCGAGGAAAUUUGACAGUUUACCGAAGUUCGCGGCUUUUGGCGGACGGUCGGACGACAGCGCGGCCACGACGAUUACCGGCAAGUCUAAUAAUAACGGCGGCGGUCCUCCUCGGACGAUCCCCGACCGGACCAGAGAACAAAGACCGAAAACGUCGCUGGCUCCGAGGGAUACCGACAAAACCCCCGACAACGUUAACCCGCCCGAUGAGGACGGCGUCACGACGGUCCCGCACGCGGCUGCAAUUAACGUCCAAACUAGUGGGUCGUCGUCGUUGUCGUGCGACGCUUAUGACUACGGCCAAUACGAAAAUAAUUACGAUGCCGAGUCGCCGUGGACACCGCAUGGAACAGGAGAGCGGAACAUCAUAAAUUCAUAG